GUCGCUGGUCGUUUACUAGCGCUUCACUGAAGACGAGAUUUGUGUUCUGUCCGGGAAAGCGUUGCUGCCGGCUUUUGGAGCAGGAUCUGCAUCCGGUUAGGAGUCCAGUUCAGGUGCUGGUUCAGAAGCUGGUUGGUUUAAAAUGAAGACAUCAAUAGCAGCCACUGAAUAAAGUGUGUUUUGCCGUUUCAACCCGCUUUUUUUUGCCUUCAUCAUAAGCAGAAUGGAAUCAUCACGGACACACAGCAACUCCUGUUUUUUACAAAAGAGAUGUUUGAACAAACUAUUGUUAGGCCUGGUCUUUGGUUUGUGCCUAACUGUCUUAGUGAACUCUGAUGAAGACUAUUACAAAUUACUAGGUGUUUCCAAAGAUGCAAGCAACAGAGAAAUAAGACAGGCCUUCAAAAAGCUUGCUCUCACGAUGCAUCCUGAUAAAAAUCCGAAUAAUCAGGAUGCUCACGACAAGUUCUUGAAGAUAAACCGAGCCUAUGAAGUGUUGAAAGAUGAAGACUUGAGAAAGAAAUAUGACAAAUAUGGUGAGAAAGGUCUUCAGGAUAACCAGGAAGGUGGUAGAUAUGAAAGCUGGAACUUUUACCGAUACGAUUUUGGCAUUUACGAUGAUGACAUUGAGAUCAUCACUUUGGACAGGGCAGACUUUGAUGCUGCUGUUAACUCUGGAGAGCUUUGGUUUGUCAACUUCUAUUUUCCCCGCUGCUCACACUGCCAUGAUCUGGCUCCAACGUGGAGAGAAUUUGCUAAGGAAAUGGAUGGCUUAAUCCGCAUUGGGGCUGUAAACUGUGGUGACAAUAGAAUGCUGUGUCGGUCAAAAGGAAUCAACAGUUAUCCCAGUCUGUACAUAUUUAAACUGGGAAAAAAUCCAGAGAAAUACUAUGGAGAUCGAUCAAAGAAGAGCCUUAUCAGUUUUGCUAUGCAAUUUGUCACAACCCAGGCAACAGAACUAUGGACUGGUAACUUUGUGAAAGCGGUGGAGACUGCAUUUACAUCAGGCACUGGAUGGCUAAUCACAUUUUGUGCCAGCACAGGAGAUUGCCUUUCUUCAGAAACCCGACAUAAAUUAGCAGGAAUGUUGGACGGUCUGGCUCAUGUUGGGUGGAUUGACUGUACCUCUCAAGGGCAGCUUUGUGAAAGUUUUGAUAUUACUACUAGCAUGACUGCAUAUUUCCCACCUGGAGCAUCUCUUCAAAUAAAAGGCGGAGGUUUGUUUUUUAACAGCCUUGAUGCAAAGGAGAUCUACAGUGGAGUAUUGGAGCAUUUACCCGGUUUAGAGACUCUUACUAAAAACAAUUUUAAGGAUAAAUUAUCUCAUCAUCGCUGGCUUGUACACUUUACGUUUGGAGAAAAAGAGGAAGGUACAAAUGAAUACAAGAAGCUGAAAAUGCUUCUUAAGGAUGAGCAAAUUCAGGUUGGGCACGUCGACUGCAAGGAGGAAUUAGAUUUGUGUAAUUCUCUGUACAUCCACAAGCCAAGCAUAGCUGUUUUCAAAGGGACUGGUGUGAACAAUUUUGAAAUCCACCACGGAAGGAACAUUUUGUACAACAUCGUUGCCUUUGCUAAAGAUAGCAUCAGUGCUCAUGUGAUCACACUCGGACCUCAAAAUUUUCCCAACAAUGAGAAGAAACCCUGGCUGGUGGAUUUCUUUGCACCAUGGUGCCCCCCUUGCCGUGCUCUACUUCCAGAAUUAAGAAAAGCCUCUAAACAGCUGUAUGGCCAGUUGAAUUUUGGCACUAUUGACUGCACCAUCCAUGAGGGCCUUUGCAACAUGUAUCAGAUCCAAGCAUAUCCCACUACGGUUAUAUUCAACCAGUCCAGCAUUCAUAAUUAUGAUGGCCACCAUUCUGCUGAAGGAAUUUUGGAGUUUAUUGAGGAUCUGGUGAACCCCUCAGUUGUGGCUCUUUCCCCUGAAACGUUUGAGGCGCUGCUUUCAAAGAAGAAGGAUGACAACUGGGUGGUAGAUUUCUACGCUCCGUGGUGUGGCCCAUGUCAAGCUCUAAUGCCAGAGUGGAAGAGAAUGGCUCGGAUGCUCAGUGGCGUUAUCAGUGUUGGAAGUGUGGAUUGUCAAAAGUAUCAUACUUUAUGUCACGAGGCGGGUGUCAAAGCAUACCCCGAAAUCCGCUUUUAUCCACAAAAUUCCAAAGAAUACCAGGUUUAUAAUGGGUGGCACCGGGAUGCUUACUCUCUUCGAGGUUGGUCCUUGGGGUCUCUUCCACGUGCUUCAGUAGACUUAACACCUGAAGACUUCAAUAAAAAAGUUUUGAGUGGAAAGGAGCACUGGGUGGUGGACUUCUAUGCUCCUUGGUGUGGACCCUGCCAGCAUUUUGCCCCAGAAUUUGAGCUGCUCGCCAGGUCUGUUAAGCAAACCAUUAAAGCUGGUAAACUGGACUGUCAAGCUUACCCUCAUGUGUGCCAGAGUGCUGGAGUGCGAGCGUACCCUAGUGUCCGCUUCUUCCCCUACAUUGGAGGAACGCAGAAACAUCCUGAGGGAGAGCACAUUAACAGCAGGGAAUCCAAAGCAAUUGCAGAUCAUCUGAAUCAGAGGCUACAGCAGAUAAAUCCCCAAAUACAGGACAAGUCACAUGUCAAGUUCAUGGAUGAACUUUAAUGAAGCAUAAGAGGAAGAAAGGUGUUUUGGGUGGCUGCCACUUCUUUGCCCAAAAAAAAACUAAAAAGACUUAAAGAAGGUACGCUCCAUUGCCCGUCAGGAAAAAUAAAAAAUAACAAGGUAUAAAACAAGAAAACUGACAACAGUCUGCUCUUCGUGUGCUCAUGAAGUGGAGGGACUGCACCGAAGUGCAUUGCAAGGCUUCAUGGACACUGAGAUUUGACUUCCAUCUUGAGGCAUUUUGGUGGUUUGUAGUUUUGUCAUCACAGACAUGGUGUUUGGGCAAUUUGCUGAAAAACUUACAAGCCGACAAACGGGGCGCUGGAAAAGGAAGACUUGGGGAUUUGGUCAGACGUUCCGGUCGUUUUUUUUCAGAUUCUCUGGAGUGCUGCACUUCACUUCUCUGAAAGCCUUCACUGACAUUUAGUCGUAUUGUUUUUGUUUAAUUUUUUUGCGUAUUGCUCAAACCUUCAAAGCCACACAGAAGUGAUCUGUGCAUUUGAAAUAGUUUAAGGUAAAAAAAAAAAAAAGUCUUUGCCAACCUUUUGAUAUUUCAGUCCACUGCGUCCUUUUUAAAUUAACAGGACAACGUGCUCUUCAGUCUGUUUCCUGGUCUGUUAGUAAUGUCUUAUUUCUCAUAUUCUGGGGAUUCUAAACUCUGUUCUCAUUUUGGGACAAAAUGCUGAAACGCCUUCCUCUGUGUGCCAAGUGGGCAUUUGGCUAACUUAUCCCGAGAAACGGCUCUGGAUUGUGUAUUCAUUUCUCCUACUAAAUAAGAAUUGGUUCCACAGUGGAUGUCAAACAGAAUCAAUGGGACGGGCCUCGGCAUUUCAAGUAUUUCUGGCUUUAUUGACCUACAGAUUCUCCAGUUGAGUUUUUGUCAUUAAUACAAAGUAAGUGGUCAUUUAAAAAAAAAAAAAAAAUUGUGAGGCCCCAUUGUGUGUACUUUUUUUUCCCCCCAGUGUAUCAAAUAGAUAAAUGGAAAAUAAACUAAGGAAGGAAAGCGGUGUUUGGAAAGGUGAUAUAAAAACUGGCAUCCCCCAAACAGAAGGCCUUAAAUAAGCAGCGCCUUACUGUUUUAGGUAGAUGAGCGGAAAACAUGGAAUUGAUUAGCUCUUUUAAAAUCAGUUUUUUAAUAAAGGCGAAAGGAUUGGUGACAUCGGAUGACAAUCUAUAUAGGAGAGCUUUGGCGAAGAUCAAAUGUGCUUAAAAUAUUUACAUCCAUUUUCUAGACCCAAGUAAUCCAUUUCAGUGACUUCACAAUAUUUCACACAGAAUUAACAGGCAGUUCUUUACGAGAUUGAAAUUGUCGGGACCUCUAUAUGCUGCUUGGAUUUAAAACACAAAAUAGUCCAAAAACUUCUGUUGCAGUAAUUUAUUAUUUAGUUGUUGUUGGUUUUAUGGAACUUGUUUUACUCUUCAAAUAUGUGUGUAUAAUUGGUUUGGGGGGGCUUUGGGGAUUCAGACAGACUCUCCUGAUGGUAAUGCUCUAGUUUCUUACCUCUUAAGACUUGCUCCUUCUGAAGUUAAUAAAGCUCAGAUCUUUUCUAA